AUGAGACCGAUACUACGAGACGAUCGGCGGUCCGUCAAUGUGGUCAAGAAGUCUGCAUGGAUCGUUAAAACCGUGAUUAGGACCGAUAGGGUAUAUCAUGACGUGCCGACGUUGUCCACACCGCUCCUGGUUCUGACAGCUUCCAUCCAGUCUUUUUCCGACAGUCGCGGUGAAUACGCUGCAUCGAAGGCCCCGAUCGCUAGUCAAGGCGUCACUCGACAGAGCAUCUUCACUGGCGCCGACGAGGAGCCCGUAAAAAAGCAUAUUGAUGCAACAUCGGACAUAGAACUGCUCCGAUGCAUACUGCUCACCAUAAACUUCCAAAGUUUGAACGGGAGUCAGGCAUCUUGCGGGCUUUGUGGGCAGAUUUUCACCUGGGGGAAACUCAGCGGAUCGAAGAGCAACACAUCCAUGAAGGAGGACCGAGUCAUCGACGCUUUUGUGCGCUCAUUUUCCCAGGAAAAGGAAAUGGAAGAAAACCGCACCUAUACUUGGGCAAGACUUUACGCCGUCAACCACAAUUUCCUGAGAGAAGUGGGUCUUUGA